GGAGCCGGUGGGGAGUGAUGUUUACUUUUUAUUCUGCUCGGUUUCAGGGUUUAAUGUUGACUCUAAACUACGCCAGCGUCCGGAAUCCUCUGAAAGAGGAAGAAAGGAGGAUUCAGUGAAAAACUUGGAGGCUUUUCUUGAGGUCGUUUUGAACCGAGUUGAGUCAGGAUGCCUUCACUGACCCUGAGAGGAGUCACGGUGGACUUUCCUUUUCCCCCCUAUGACUGUCAGAAAGACUACAUGGACAAAGUCAUCGAGUGUCUUCAGACGAAGACGAAUGGAGUCCUGGAGAGUCCCACAGGAACUGGUAAAACCCUCUGCCUGCUGUGUGCCACCCUGGCCUGGAGGCAGCACUUCAAGGACACCAUCUCUGCCCGCAAGAUCGCCGAGCGGCUGAACGGAGAGGAGAUGUUCCCAAACACUCCCCUGUCUUCAUGGGGGACGGCUGCUACGGACGGGGACAAACCAACUUACUACACAGACAUUCCCAAGAUCAUAUACGCCUCCAGGACACACUCGCAGCUCGCACAGGUCAUCAGCGAGUUAAAGAACACUUCCUACAGCCCAAAGGUGUGUGUGCUGGGGUCCAGAGAGCAGCUGUGUAUCAAUCCAGAGGUCAUGCGUCAGGAGAGCAACCACGUAAAGGUCCAUAUGUGCAGAGGAAAGGUUUCCACUCGCUCGUGUUUCUACUACAAUAAUGUUGAAGAGAAGAGCACAGACAGAGACUUGACCCAUUCCAUCCUAGAUGUGGAAGAUUUGGUUAAAUAUGGCAACAAGCAGAGGGUCUGUCCGUACUACCUCUCCCGUUCCCUCAAACAACAAGCCGACAUCAUCUUCAUGCCGUACAACUACCUGCUGGAUCCCAAGAGCCGCCGGGCGCACAACAUCGAGCUGAGCGGAGCGGUGGUCAUCUUCGAUGAAGCUCACAAUGUGGAGAAAACCUGCGAGGAGUCCACCUCCUUCGACCUCUCCCCGUACGACGUGGCGUCCGCCAUCACGGCCGUGGACCGGCUGCUGGCCGAGCAGGCCAAAGAGGCCAGCCACGGAGACGCCGUCUCUCCAGACUUCAACGUGGAGUCGCUCGGCUCUGGUUUAAAAAUAGAUAUAACAACUGUUGCUAAAGUCAAACAGAUCUUAUUGGAUCUGGAAGCUGCCAUCGAUUCCUAUGAAGUCCCGAGCGAAAGAGGCAUCACCAAACCUGGAAUCUUCAUCUACGAGCUGCUGGAGAGAGCCCACCUGACCUACAGCAGCAAGGCGGCGGUCAGCGAGGCCCUGGAGCAGAUCAUCGGACACCUGGCCGGACAGACCGGGAUCUUUCACAACACGGGCGGGCUGCAGAAGCUGAACGAGAUGAUCCAGCUGGUUUUCUGUGGCGAGGCAGCAGAAAAGGACAAGCAGCUGCUGAUGCAGACCAACACCGCUUAUUUCAAGGUUCACAUCCAUCAAGACAACAGCUCCAACAGGAGGAAGCAGAGCGCCGACGUCUGGGCGUCGUCCUCGUCCAAGAAACAAGGCAACGUCCUGAGCUACUGGUGCUUCUCUCCCGGCUUCAGCAUGCAGGAUCUGGUCAAUCAGGGAGUCCGGAGCAUCAUCCUGACCAGCGGGACGCUCUCCCCUCUGACCUCCUUCACCUCCGAGAUGAGGAUACAGUUUCCGGUGUCUCUGGAGAACCGGCACGUGAUCGAGCGGGACCAGAUCUUUGUCAGUGUCAUUGAGCGGGGCCCGGACGGCGUGCCGCUGAGCUCGGCUUUCGAUCGGAGGUUUGAUCCUAAAAAUAUGGCGUCUUUAGGCAACACUGUGGCGAACCUGAGCCGCGUGGUUCCUCACGGUCUCCUCGUCUUCUUCCCCUCCUUCCCUGUAAUGGAGAAAACGCUGGACUUCUGGAGAACUAACGGACAGGCGAAUCGCAUCGAGAACGUGAAACCCAUGUUUGUAGAACCUAAAGGGAAGGGAACCUUCACCGAGGUGAUCGACGGUUACUACAGCAAAGUGAACGACCCGACGUCUAAAGGAGGAAGCUUCUUCGCCGUGUGUCGAGGGAAGGCCAGCGAGGGUCUGGACUUUGCAGACACGUUCGGCCGCGGGGUCGUCGUCACCGGCCUGCCUUUCCCCCCGAAGCUGGACCCUCGAGUCGUCCUGAAGAUGCAGUUCCUGGAUGAGAUGAGCAGAAAGAGAGUCCCCGGGGUGAAGUAUCUGUCGGGACAGGAGUGGUACAGGCAGCAGGCGUUCCGGGCCGUCAACCAGGCCAUCGGGAGGGUGAUCCGCCACAAAGAGGACUUCGGGGCGAUCUUCCUGUGCGACCAGAGGUUUAAAUCCGCCGACGUCCGGGCCCACCUCCCGUCCUGGGUCCGGCCGCACGUCCGCCCCUACGACAGCUUCGGGAACAUAGUGCGGGACGCCUCGCAGUUCUUCAGGGUCGCACAAAAACUGAGGCCGGUGGUGAUGAAGCAGGCGGCGCCGCCGCCGGCGAGCCGCCCGGCGCCGGGCUCACCGGACUCACCAGACUCCCGGUCAUCCGGCUAUGCCUCCGGCUCCUCCGGGCUGACCUCGCACACCCAGAAGGCCAAGGCGCUGGACACACACCUGCCCAGCCUGAAGAGGAGGAGGACCGACGAUCCGGGCGGCGCCGCCGGCAUGGCCCGCAUCUGCGUGGAGUACGAGACGGAGGUGCAGGAGAGCCAGAGGAGGCCCGCCAGCCUGCUGGCCGCCCUGGAGCGAGGCGACCGCCACGGCGGAGACCCCGGCGAUGGCGGCCACGGCGAGGAGAAGGCCGGCCGCUGGUCCACGCUGUCGCUGCAGCACGAGAAGAGGAUGGACGACGAGGCGCGGGGAGGCCGGCGGAAGAUCCGGCUGCUGCAGGAGCAGCGGCCCGGCGAGGACGACGACGACGACAAGGCCGGCCGCGCCAAGAGGUUCCUGGCCGACAUGAAGAAGUCGCUGAGCCAGGUGAGCUUCGAGCGCCUGGUCCAGGCCCUGCAGGCCUACAAGAAGACGGACGACCUGGAGCGGCUGCUCGCCGAGACCGCCGUCCUCGCCGAGGACGCCAACACCCACGGCCUGCUGCGCGGGUUCUACCAGUUCGUCCGUCCGCAUCACAAGAAGGCGUUCGACGAGCGCUGCGCCCGGCUGACGGGGCGGGGCUGCGGGUUCAAGCCCGACCACUCGCUGUCCAGAGACGAGAGGAAGGCCGCGAUGCUGCAGGGCGCCGCCCCGGCUCCGCUCGGGCCUCCCGCCGUCGGCGUCGCGCCGUCGGCCUCCUGCAGCCAGCUGAACGGAGGAGGGGAGCACCUGAGCCAGCAGGGCCUCCGACAGCCGCAGACCAGCUCGGCCGCCAAGACGGAGCUCCACGCUGCGUUCCUCUCCGACGUGAAGCGAGCGCUGGGGGCGGAGCGCUCGGCCCGCCUCUUCCAGGCCGUCCACAGCUACAAGAAGUCGGACCACUACGAGAGCCUGGUGGCCACCGUGGUCGGCCUGCUCACCGAGCGGGACGAGGACUUCGGCCUCCUGACCCGCUUCGGGAUGUUCGUCCGCCCGCACCAUAAGAAGCAGUACAGGGAGAUGCUGGAGGCGCUGACGGGCGCAGACCCUCCUCCCGCCGAGAGCCCAGAGCAAACGCAAGCCGCCGUUCUGUCGCCUCCUCUGAAGACGCAAAGCAAGAUCUCCAGUUUUUUCUCCAGCAGCCAGCGGAGGUAGAAGUGGAGCCUCCAGCAGACCGAGCAUCAUGAAAUAGACGUCCAGACGCCGCCUGCUUCGUUUUAAUCCAAAGCAUCGAGACAGGAAUAUGUAAAGUUCUUAUGAAAUGUUUUUUUUUAUUAUAUUUUUUGAAAUAAAUGU